AUGGCUGUUUCUGAAGAUGGAGUUGUUUUCUUGAAAGAUGUCAAUUGUGAAAAGGAGUACAAGGAUAAGUUUUACGUGGAAACUUUAAUUAAAGAUGCCAUAAGUGAGGUUGGGGUACCAAAUGUUGUUCAAGUGAUAACCGACAAUGCACCAAAACUUCAUGAUGAAUCACUCUAUGAGCUCAUUAAACGGGGUCUCCAAAAUAUGGUUAUUAGUGAUGAAUGGUCUACUUAUAGAGAAGAUAAUGUUUCCAAAGCCUAUUUGGUGAAGGAAAAAAAUUUGGAUAACAUUUGGUGGGAUAAGGUUUAUUAUAUCCUUACUUUUACGGAACCUAUAUAUGAUAUGCUUCGAAUUAUGGACACGGAUAAACCUACUCUUCACUUGGUUUAUGAGAUGUGGGAUGAAAUGAUCGAAAAAGUGAAGAAAAGCAUUUAUAGGCAUGAAGGAGAUGAGAGAUCAAUCUUUUAUGAAGUCGUAUAUGAUAUUCUUAUUGAUCGAUGGACUAAGAGUAGUACACCACUUCAUUGUAUGGCUCAUUCUUUAAAUCCAAGAUGGCUUUUGGAUCCCAAGUCUUGGUGGUUAGUUCAUGGGGCUUCAAUACCUUUGCUCCAAAACUUAGCUUUGAAACUUCUUGGACAACCUUCUUCAUCAUCUUGUUGUGAGAGGAAUUGGAGUACAAGAUGUGGGAUAUUGGAGGUGAUGUAUUUGACUCAUUUGAAGGAGUUGGAAUUCUUGGAGUUGCUAGCUUAUCUCUUGAUGAACUGGAUAUGGAGAUGGUAA